AUGAGCGUAUCUGUCACCCGCACAGUGACUAGAAAAAAUGACGCAGGUAAAGCUGUCAGACGGGAACGUGUUUAUGACCACUUGUAUGAUCCAGUUUACACGGUGUCAUCGGAGGCAGACCACCUCAGGGCCAACGUCAAAGCCUAUGCCUCCAAGGAUCGAAUAAGGAAAGUGCCCGAAUUUGCAUCUAUGUUUAGCGACCAGCCACGCUAUACUAUUAAACUGGAUCCUGCACAAUCAGUACCAGCCUUUAUUGAUCAUCAAUGGCGAGGCCACGCAGAACAGCGAAAGGAGGCGUUGUUGCAGCUGGCUGGGCUUAUUCCAAAUGCUGAGGCAUGGCGGAGACAAAAGGAGUGCCAUGUAACUGGAGCUGAUUACUGGAAAUACUUUAAACGCCCUCUGAUUCCAUUUGCACAGCAGCUUGGCCCAAAUGUGAUUUUUGCAUUGCCAAAAGAAGACUUUCUAAAUGGAAAGAAAGCUGAGCAGCAACCUACUCACAUCACUGUGGGUGUCCAGACAGAUUUCAGGGAAAAUGAAACACAAACAGAUCCAUACAGCCCAGAGUAUGUGGUGCAACCUGGGACGACUCCCUCAGAACUCCUGCAACUGGCAGCUUUGUCUUGGGGUCGUGGUCUCCCUGCAGGCCUUGCAGAAGUGGAAAUGAUAGAGCGGGCACGUGCCAAACGAGCCUGGGAGGCCAGACUUCCUCCGCUGAGUGACCUGAGCCAGCUCGACAAGAGGAGGCGUAUGGUGGAGAAAAUGGAGGCUGAAAAGUGGGCUUUCAGAGAAGAAGAAAUCCAGAAGUUGCAAGAGGCUCGUCUUGCUGUGUUGGAGGACCUGCUGAAGCAGAGAGAUGAGACUCAGAAAGAUGUCACAAAUGAGAGACUGAAUCAGAUAUAUUCUAAGCACCAAAAAGACAAGGAGACCAAGCUGGACAAAAUCCACAAUGACUACAUCAGGUCACUGAGAAAAUUGGAAGUUAAGUCGAGAAAUGUUGAGGGGAAGCUGGAGCGACGUAGCUUUGAUUCUCCAAUAUAUGUCCCUCAGACCCACCGGGUCACCAACAAGAACACCAGAAACAAUAAGUUUAAAAGCCCCUACUUAAACACAUAUGAAGGCUUGCUGGCGCUAGAGGCAGGACUCAGUGCUUCAGUCCAUAAAUCAGGGGUUAAAGGACCCAAAUCCAAAGUUGUCAAACCUGUGAACAAGCAACCUGUGAACAGAGCCAUAGAACUGCUGGAGAAGUACAAGGCCCUGAGGGAGGAGGAGAACAAACAAAAGUCCUUACGUUUUCUUGUCAAAAAAAAGAAACCUGUUCCUCGUCCUGUCACCUCCAGAGUGGAGAAGCCACCAGAGGGGGAUGAGGAGACAGAGCUUGCAGUGAUCCACUUGCAGAAAGUACUUAGAGGAAUGAGUACCCACUAUGAGAUGUUUAAGGGCAAAGAGAACUAUAUGGAUCUCAUCCAGGAACUGAGGUCUGUCCAUGCCCUGCAGAAGGACGAACAAGAGCAACAUAAAGCAGACAAAGAGCUAAUAAUGAACCUGAAAAAACAGAAAGACAAACACAAGGUUUCUCAAGAGGAGGCAUCUCAGGCCAGAGUGGUUAAUGUGGAGCUUGGACAACUGUUUGAUACCUUGUCCAAGGAGCUGAUCCGUCUCCAAGAGGAGCGCAGGAUCCAUGCCUUUACCCUGCUGGCUGAGAGAGAACGACGUCUACGUGAAGCUGAGGAGAGUGGAAGGAGACAGGCGGAGGAGCGAAGACGCAGAGAAGACGAUGAGAUCUUCAAACAAGUGGUGCAGGUACAUCAGGAAAGUGUGGAUUUGUAUUUGGAGGAUAUUAUCUUGGAGACUUUGAAUCAGGUAGCCGACGAGCAGGCCAGAGAGGAGAUCCACAAGAGGGCAAAGGAGGUCAAUGACAUCGCUUAUGCCAUGGAAGAAAGCCGCAACAAUCUUCAGUCGGAGGAGAUUGUGUCAGAGCUGGUGUACGGCUUCCUAAUCCCAGAGAUCCAGAAGACCAGUGCCAGACAAAGAGUGUACCAGAAGCAGCAUAGACACUUGCAGGCAGCUCGGAUCAUCAUUCAGGGGACUGCAAAGCCUUCUGAGAUCCUUCCUAGUACUCCAGGAACCUCACAGUUGACCUGUCCCGGUAUCAAAGCCUCCCGGCACGUCGUCGAGGAGAUGAUCAGCCAGGUGGAGCAAAGAAAGGAAGUCGAGCAGCACCACACUCCAGCUGAGGAACAAGAGUCCCAUGGAUUAACUGCAGUGUGGCACAAACUGUGGACUGCGAUCAGCUGUUGGACAUCUGGGAUCAUCAACCCUCAGGAGAGAAUGAGCACAAAGGACACCGAGGUGCAGUUCAUCUGCGAAAUGCUCACAGUGCCAAAUGAAGAGGAUGAUGAGGAGGAGGAAGAGGAGGAGGGAAAGGUGACAGAGGAUGACGAGCCCAGAGCCUGCGGUGUGUGUGGAGAUCGGGCAAAGGGUUACCACUUCAACGCGUUGACGUGUGAAGGCUGCAAGGGCUUCUUCAGGCGUGCCAUACAGAGGUCAUCGCAGCUCCACUGUCCAUUGCUGAGUAAAUGCAUCAUAACGAAAAACACCCGCCGGUCAUGUCAAGCCUGCCGCUUCCGGAAAUGCCAGGACAUUGGCAUGCGCAAGGAGAUGGUCAUGUCUGAGAAAGAGGUAUUGGAGAGGAGAAUCCGAAUCAAGAAGAAGAAGAUGCAUAAUGUAUCGACUCAGCUUUCAUCCCAACAAGAAAAAAUCAUCCAGGAGCUCCUCUGCAGCCACCGCAGCACAUUCGACUCAGGAUUUUCCCGCUUCAGUGGCUUCAGGCCUAUGGACAGAAACAUCCUCCCCGCGAGUGAGUACAACCAGUCUGCAAGCGAGCCCUUUCACCCACUGACCAACUGCUCUACAAACACCUGCACUACAGCUAGUAAAUCUGCAACUGACCCCACAGCAUCCUCAUAUGCCUCCUCCCUCUCCUCCUCCUCCCUCUUCAGUCCCUGUGGUUCCUCAGAAAAAGAAGGAAACCACGAGGGAGUCAAUAACACCUGUGUUUUCACCGCUCUUCCACAUAUGACCGACCUCACAACAUACAUGAUCCAGGACAUCAUUAGUUUUUCCAAAAGUCUAAAGGAUUUCCGGUCUCUACCUAUGGGGGACCAAAUAUCUCUCCUGAAGGGAGCCACGUUUGAAAUAAUGCAGAUCCGCUUUAACAUGGUGUUCAACUCAAAAACAAGCAACUGGGAAUGUGGCUCUCUUACGUACUGCAUAGACGAUGCCGUACGAGCGGGUUUCCAGCCACUCCUGGUGGAGCCUGUGUUCAAAUUUCACCACACGCUGCGCCAACUGGACCUGCAGGAGGAAGAGUACGUUCUUAUGCAAGCCAUGUCCCUGUUUUCUCCAGAUCGUCCAGGUGUGCAGCAACACAGUGUGAUCGACAAGAUUCAUGAAAGCUUAGCACUGAUGUUAAAAACCUACAUCGACUGCAAGAGGACGGGCCCUAAAAAACACUUGCUGUACCCCAAAGUGAUCGCCUGCUUUACAGAGAUGAGGACCAUGACUGAAGAGUACAGCAAACAGAUUCUGAAGAUCCAGGACAUCCAGCCCGACACCAUCUCUCCUCUCAUCAUGGAGGUGAUCAGUAAAAACACCUGCGAUUGACUUCUGAUGCAACACUCUGAGAACAGUUUGUUUAUUCAUGGAGACCCGAAACCUUUCUGUAAUGGUCUUACGCAUUAAAUGCACAUUAAUCUGAACAUGUGAAGAUUAUUCAUCUGACAAAACGAGGCAAGUCCUGCUAUAAAAGUAAUUCAUUAUCUGUUCUUUGCAAAUCAAAGAAAGUUAGUUUAGUUAUCUGGUUGCAGAACAAGGGAACUGUAGUGGAAUUAUCAUUUCUAUGUUGGGCUGCAAGGU